AUGGCCCAGAGGGAAGGACAAGUAGUAGUGAAGAUCGACAGUUGCGGUGCUUCUUGUAGCAAAGAAACAACAAAGAUGAACGGAGAAGCAAUUCCAACGACAACAGUUGGUGGCUCACCAGAAAAACCCACUGAAUCUUUUCGACGAAGAAGCAAAGAGUUGUCACUGCCAGACGCUCCCUCCAACUCGGGUGGAGCUGAGGUUCUGAGAUGCAGUUCCAACGCUUCCUUUUCUCGGAACUCGUGGAAGCCACCAAUGAGCAAGACCAAGUCCAGGCUUCUUGACCCACCUGAGGAAUCCUGCCUAAAAUCAGAUAGAGUGGCGGGUUCUGGACGAGCGCUUGGAAAAGAUGACGAUGAUGCUUUGGAUGACGCCGACAUUGAAGACAUUCCAGAAGAGUAUAAGAGGAUCAAGUUCAGCGCACUCACAUUGCUUCAGUGGGUGAGUCUUGUUUUUGUUAUAGCAGCCUUAGUUUGUAACCUUUGGAUUCCAAUUAUAAAGAGACAAACACUGUGGGAUCUUCCACUGUGGAAAUGGGAAUUAUUGGUUUUGGCCUUAAUUUGUGGACGUUUGGUUUCGGGUUGGGGAAUUCGGGUGGUUGUGUUCUUUGUAGAGCGAAAUUUUCUCUUGCGAAAACGGGUUCUGUAUUUUGUUUAUGGCUUAAGAAAGUCUGUCCAGAAUUGUCUCUGGUUGGGUUUGGUUUUGGUUGUGUGGCACUUCAUUUUUGAUAAGAAGGUUGAGGAGAAGACCCAGAGUAGGAUCUUACCUUAUGUAACCAAGGUUUUGAUUUGUUUUCUGGUUGGUACCUUGAUAUGGCUUCUGAAAACAAUACUUGUUAAGGUCCUUGCCUUGUCUUUCCAUGUCAAUGCCUUUUUCGAACGAAUUCAGGAGGCCUUAUUCAAUCAGUAUGUCUUUGAGACGCUUUCUGGUCCCCCUCUGUUUGAAAGGCAACAUACAGAAGAAGAGGAAAAGGUCGCCGCUGAGAUUCGGGAAUUUCAGAAUGCUGGGGCUACUAUGCCUCGUGAGCUCAGGGCAAGUCUUCUUCAAAGGGCAAGGAGUGGGAGAGUUAUAGGGAGUGGACAACAAAAUAGCCCCAGAGUAGGGAAGAGUCCUAGGGUUUCUAGGCCAAUGUCUGGGAGCCAAGAUGAGGAAAUCCCAGUUGACCACUUGCAUAAGCUAAAUCAGAAGAAUGUAUCAGCUUGGAAUAUGAGGAGAAUGGUGAAUAUCAUCCGGCACGGGUCCUUAACCACUCUAGAUGAACAGAUACUGAACUCUGAUAUUGAGGACGACUCUUCUUUGAAGAUUGAAACUGAAUGCCAAGCAAAAGAGGCAGCCAAGAAGAUAUUCCUCAAAGUAGCCAAGCCAGGGUCCUCAUACAUUUGCCUUGAGGAUUUGAUGCCCUUUAUGCAUAAGGAUGAAGCUUUGAAGACAAUUCAUCUCUUUGGUGCAGCAAAUGAAAGUGAUAGAAUCAGCAAGUCCGCUCUUAGAGAUUGGGUGGUCAGUGCAUUUAGAGAAAGAAGAGCACUAGCAUUGUCUCUGAACGAUACAAAAACAGCUGUGGAUGAACUCCACAACAUUUUAAACAUCAUUGUAGCUGUCAUCAUUGUGAUAAUCUGGCUUAUUAUACUUGGGAUUCCAGUCUCCCACUUCCUUCUCCUCAUAAGCUCCCAGCUUCUUCUGGUUGUAUUUAUCUUUGGGAACACGUGCAAGACAGUAUUCGAAGCAAUCAUAUUUCUAUUUGUAAUGCACCCAUUUGAUGUGGGUGAUCGUUGUGAAGUGGAAGGGGUCCAGAUGGUAGUUGAAGAGAUGAAUAUAUUAACUACAGUCUUUCUGAAGUUUGAUCACCAGAAGAUCAUAUACCCCAACAGUAUUCUUGCUACCAAGCCAAUUGCUAAUUAUCAUCGUAGUCCUGACAUGGGAGAUGCUGUUGAUUUCUGCGUUCAUAUCUCAACUCCUUUGGAGAAGCUGGCCAUAAUGAAAGAAAGAAUACAGGGGUAUAUUGAAAGCAGGAGCGACCACUGGUACCCGGCUCCCAUGUUGAUCACGAGGGAUGUGGAGGAUUUGAACAAACUGAAGAUAUCAGUAUGGCCUACACACAAGAUGAACCAUCAGGACAUGCUGGGGAGAUGGACUAGGAGAGGUCUUCUGAUUGAGGCGAUGAUCCAAGUGUUCAGAGAGCUCGAUAUUGAGUAUCGCUUACUGCCUCUCGAUGUCAAUGUCCGAAACAUGCCGAGUUUAACCUCCAACAAGCUUCCUUCAAAUUGGACAACUUGUGUCCCGCCCGUGCUACCAGCAAAUUAAUUAAAAGUCUUCAAGCACUGGAAAGCUUGUAGUUUCAGCCUAACAUCUAGAUUAUCGAUAUAGUUCCAUUAUGUAUGUAUGUAUGCACCAAACUACAAAUCCAUCAGCGACAGUAUUGAGCAUAUAAUAUUGAGAGAGACAAGCUUAGCUUAAACGCACAAAUGUACUGUUGAAUCUUGUUGACAAAGCA